AUGAUGGGAGAUGUGAAUUGGGCCGUGGAUAGGGCGUACAAGAUGCAAGAGGUCAGGGAAGAGUACAACAUUCUCUUGACCUAUGAAGACGGUGUCCGAAGCAUUGAAGCCAUGGUGGACCUGCUACCCCUGGUAUGGAUGUCCUACACGUUCAAUCUUCAAACAGGAUCAUCCGUCAUGGUCUUGGAUUCUACCAAAUAUCGAACAUCGCUGUGGAAGAAUCCCAGAAAUAUUGAGAUUAUGGUCAAGGGAGGAUUCUAUGCCAUGUAUGCUACCCAUCCGUGCUUAGAGGUCGUUCGCAAGGGAAAGGUGGAUAUCAUGGAGUGUGAAGGGUAUCAGUAUGGAGCGGGCAUGGCAGAUUUGGCGCAAUCUGCACAUUUCACCUCCUUGUCAGUUGGUGCCUUUCCUUCCAAUGUCAUUACCAAAUUCUAUCAUACACCAGUCAUGGCCAAUGUCUUUAUAUCCAUGUGGAAAAAGCUGAUACCCAAGGACAUUGCUUCCAAAAUCGAGGUGGGAUGUCAAUAUCCGGGAGGAAGAUUGGACCAAUUCUACAUGCUACCCUCCCCGGAAGCCGCCACCAAACGAGUACUCAAGAAUUUCCGAAAGGGCCUCAAAGUCCGAAUGGAAAGUGAAAAACUGUUUUCCUUGGACCAAAGUAUGGGGAAUGACUGA